ACCCUCUGUCUAUCUGACUGAUGUCACUCUUACUGAAGUGAAGUGUGUGUUGGCUGACUAUUUAGCAUGUGCACACGGUGGCCCACGUGCACAUGCUAAACAUGCUUCUGUAUAUUUAUGCAUGUGAUCUCACCACAUAUCUGCAUAUCUGUCCCGUCUUCUGCAGGCACAUCGGUCACGUGGGCUGGGAUCCAAACACGGGAUUUGAUCUGAACAACCUGGACCCGGAGCUGAAGAACCUGUUCGACAUGUGCGGCAUCUCCGAGGCUCAGCUGAAGGACCGAGAGACUUCAAAGGUCAUCUACGACUUCAUCGAGAAGAAGGGAGGAGUGGAGGCCGUGAAGAACGAGCUGAGGAGGCAGG